AUGAACGACGAAACUCAAUUUACUGACAGAGCAUUAAGUAUUCUAACGCUAGCGCAAAAAUUAGCACAAGAUCAUCAACAUGCUCAACUACAGCCAAUUCAUCUUCUGGCAGCAUUUGUUGAUACACCAGAAGAUGGAUCGGUUCCAUUUUUACAAAAUUUAGUGGAAAAAGCUCGCUAUGAUUAUAGUACGUUUAACAGAACUGUUAAUAGACAUUUGGUUAGAGUCCCAUCACAACAUCCUGCUCCUCAACAAAUUUCACCAUCAUAUGCACUGGCGCAGGUGCUCCAAGAUGCUGCUAAGAUUCAAAAACAACAGAAGGAUUCAUUCAUUGCUCAGGACCAUCUUUUAUUUGCACUGUUCAAUGACUCUUCAAUACAGCAAGUGUUUAAGGAAGCAGGAGUUGAUGUGGAAGCAAUAAAACAACAGGCAUUAGAAAUGAGAGGUAAUCAACGCAUAGAUUCUCGUGGAUCAGAUACCAAUACCCCAUUAGAGUAUCUAUCCAAGUAUGCUUUGGAUAUGACAGAACAAGCUCGUAAGGGUAAACUCGACCCUGUUAUCGGUAGGGAAGAAGAAAUUAGAAGCACUAUUCGUGUGCUUGCUAGAAGAAUCAAAUCCAAUCCAUGUUUGAUUGGUGAACCUGGUAUCGGUAAGACUGCUAUUAUUGAAGGUGUAGCUCAAAGAAUCAUCGAUGAUGAUGUUCCAACGAUUUUGCAAGGUUCUAGGCUUUUCAGUUUAGAUUUAGCUGCAUUGACUGCUGGUGCCAAAUACAAGGGUGACUAUGAGGAAAGAUUGAAAGGUGUUCUAAAAGAGGUGGAAGAAUCUAAGACUUUAAUUGUCUUAUUUAUCGAUGAAAUUCACAUGGUUAUGGGUAAUGGUAAAGAUGAUGCUGCUAACAUUUUGAAGCCUGCACUUUCAAGAGGUCAACUUAAAGUGAUUGGUGCUACAACGAAUAAUGAGUACAGAGCCAUCGUGGAGAAAGACGGUGCCUUUGAAAGAAGAUUCCAAACCAUUGAAGUUUUAGAACCAACCAUUAGACAAACGGUUGCCAUCCUUAGAGGUUUACAACCUAAAUACGAGAUUCAUCACGGUGUGAGAAUCUUGGAUAGUGCUCUCGUUACGGCUUCACAACUGGCUAAAAGAUACCUACCUUAUAGGAGAUUGCCUGAUUCUGCACUAGAUUUGGUAGAUAUCUCUUGUGCUGGUGUUGCAGUUGCUAGAGAUUCUAAACCAGAAGAAUUGGAUUCCAAGGAACGUGAAUUACAAUUGCUACAAGUUGAAAUCAAGGCAUUAGAAAGAGAUAUAGAUUCUGAUUCCACUACGAAGGAAAGGUUACAACAGGCAAGACAAAAGGAAGCUUCUGUUCAAGAAGAAUUGGAGCCUUUGAGGAAGAGGUACGAAGAAGAGAGACAUGGUCAUGAAGAGUUGACUCAAGCUAAGAAGAAGCUUGAUGAACUGGAGAACAAGGCAUUGGAUGCAGAACGUCGGUACGAUAAUGCUACUGCUGCAGAUCUAAGGUAUUUUGCCAUCCCUGAUAUCAGAAAACGUAUUGAACAAUUGGAACAAGAAGUGGCCGAAGAAGAAAGACGUGCUGGUAACACUUCCAUGAUUCAAAACGUGGUGGAUUCUGAUACAAUUGCGGAAACUGCAGCCAGAUUGACGGGUAUUCCUGUUAAGAAAUUAACUGAAUCUGAAAAUGAUAAAUUAAUUCACAUGGAGCGUGAGUUAUCAUCAGAAGUUGUAGGUCAAAUGGAAGCCAUUAAAUCUGUUUCUAAUGCUGUUCGGUUGGCAAGAUCUGGCUUGGGAAAUCCAAGGCAACCAGCUUCCUUCUUAUUCUUAGGUCUAUCUGGUUCUGGUAAAACUGAAUUAGCAAAGAAAGUUGCAGGUUUCCUUUUCAAUGAUGAAGAUAUGAUGAUCAGGGUUGACUGUUCUGAAUUAAGUGAAAAGCAUUCAGUUAGUAAAUUACUAGGUACAACAGCAGGUUACAUCGGUUAUGAAGAGGGUGGUUUCUUAACCAAUUUGGUGCAACGUAAACCUUACUCGGUGUUAUUGUUUGAUGAAGUGGAAAAGGCACAUCCUGAUGUUUUGACGGUUUUGUUACAGAUGUUAGAUGAUGGUAGAGUUACGGCUGGUAAUGGUAAAACUAUUGAUUGUUCCAACUGUAUUGUGAUUAUGACCUCUAAUUUGGGUGCAGAAAUUAUCAAUGCUCAACCGGGUUCGCGUAUUCAAGACGCUACAAAGGGUCAAGUCAUGAGCAUUGUGGGCACCCAUUUUAGGCCUGAGUUUCUCAACAGAAUUUCAAGCGUUGUCAUCUUCAACAAGCUUUCUAGGAAGGCUAUUCACAAGAUAGUCGAUAUCCGUCUCGAAGAAAUUCAAAAAAGGUUUGAAGAGAAUGACAAGAAUUACAAACUAGAAGUGUCCCAAGAAGCUAAAGAUUUCUUGGCUCGGUACGGUUACUCAAGCGAUCUUGGUGCUCGUCCAUUGAAUAGGUUAAUCCAAAACGAAAUUCUUAACAAGUUAGCUCUAAGAAUUUUAAAAGGUGAAAUUCAAGACAAGGAGACUGUUAGAGUCGUUUUCAGAAAGGGAACUGCUCGCGGGACUGGUCGUUAUGAAGACGAAGAAGAAGGUCUAGAGGUUCUACCAAAUAGAGAAGCCGCAAACAAGAGCAACCCAGAAACCGUGGAAAUGGAUGUAGACGAAGAAGAUCAGGAUUAUCAAGAUGAUGACCUAGACUGA